AUGGGGGACGAAUCCAUGGAGGUAGCGAAGAUCGCCUCCUCUGCAGAGGUGGUGCGGAUCACCUCUAGCAUGGAACAACUCCAAACGAAGCUUCGGGCAGAAUUGGUGCGUGGUGUAGCUCUGGACGUGUGUUUGAGCAGAUUCGGUCAGCACUUUGCACGACCAGAUCCUGGAAUGUUCAAGGUUGAUCAUCAUCUCUAUGACCUCAGCAAGCAAAUGAACCGUUUCCAUUCCUUCUUAAGUCACGACUGGAACACUUCUCGCUGCUUGAAAGUCAUGUCACUCAUGGUCCUGUACAACUCCAGAGCUGCCUUUCUCUCUUCGCUGUUGGUGAGUUUGUGUGUCAGCAUCCUAUGCGGCACUCAGCUUAUCCCUGAUGGCUUUUGGCCCACUUUGCUCGCCUACUCGGUUUUUCCCUUCGUGCUCCUUUUCUGGCAGCGGAUUCGUUCAGUGAUCUUGCGGUCGCCAAAAACCGUUUUCUUUGACAAGCUUUGCAUUGCACAACAUGAUGAGGAACUGAAACGGGCUGGCAUCUUUGGACUGGCCGGUUUCCUGGACCAUUCAGAUGAGCUGACGGUCCUCUGGUCCAAACGCUAUUUCAGUCGUCUUUGGUGCACCUAUGAGAUCAGCACAUUUCUCAGGGAGACCGAGAAGCCCAAACCCAUCUUGGUGAUGCCGGUGAAACUGGCUGUGGUCUUGAUGAUCUUUUCAGCCGCCAUGCAUUUGGUGAUGGUGGGAUUCAGCAUGUUGAACCACUUCCUCUGCAAAAGCCUUGGAUGGGAAUUGCACAUCGGUUGGAUACGAGUGCAGGAGGACUAUUUUGAAAACCUGUUUCAUGUCCCCUUCUUUGGCGUGGUGAUGCCACUCUUGUAUUACAUUGGCAUCGGGAUGAUGGAAGAUUUAGCCGCCCUUCCUGACCAGCUGCGCCACUUCAGGGUGCAGGACGCCGAUUGUUUCUGCUGCUCCAAUCAACACCGCCAUCCCGAAACCGGCGAGGUUAUGCCGUGUGAUCGCCUGCUGAUUUUCAAGAUGCUCAAGAGGUGGUAUGGCAGAGAAAACGACCCAAAAGGGGAGAAACUCUAUCUGGAGCGCUUCAAUUUUCUGGUGCAGGAAGAGCUGGCUCCAAAAGUUCUGCGCAGCAUGGGAAGUGACAUGCUGCCAUUGAAUUACAGCUUCUACAUGCUCAUUCCUGCAAUUUUGCCCGUGCUCACCUCAUUGAUUCCGAAAAUUAUGGCUGGACAAUCAGAGCUCCCAGAUGCUUCACAGCAGGUCAUUUGGGCCUUAAGGCUGCUGAUGAACUGGAGUAUGGAUGGCAUUCUGGCCCUCUUUUGGAUGCGGAGCUCCAUGCGAAUCUGGUUGAUGGCUGUGCGCUACAUGCCACAGUGCUGUAGCAAGCACCGCGUCCUUAUGGCGUUCCUGUUGACGAUGCCAGCGGCCUUGAUGUUGACCUUGAUCCUAUUCUCAUGCGACAUCUGUAUGUACCUGUCAAAAGAUGAUAGCAUGCUUCCUGCGAUCCCCUUCACCAUUUGGCUCGUCAUUCUUUGCGGCGUUUGGUCACAGAGAUCGCACGUCAGCCAGACGGGUCCAAUCGUUGGGCGGUCGGGCUCAGCGGACCUUGAAUCCUUGGAGAGUUGCAAUGGCUAUCAGAUGGAUCACUUCGAGUACGACGAGCAGCAACUGCCUCGGGAAAAUUCCUCUGGUGAUCUAAAGCCAGAUUUCUCAGAGUGCAACGAGAGCGAAGGCGACUGCGAUGUGUCGAAUGAAUACUUUUAUGUCUGA